AUGCACGCUCAAACCCUUCUCGCUCUCCUCCCCGCCGCCGUCAUGGCACAGUACGGCUACGGCAACCAGGCCGAGAAGGCCUCCAGCGCCAGCGCCGCAGCAGCAACUUCCUCUGUCUCGGGCGUCCACGUCGUCAAGGUCGGUGACGGCGGCCUGACCUUCGAGCCCAGCGAGAUCAAGGCGGCCGUCGGCGAGGUCGUCGAGUUCCACUUCUACCCCCGCGCCCACUCCGUCGCCCAGUCCACCUUUGACAAGCCCUGCGAGCCUCUGGUCAACGGCACGACCACCGGCUUCUUCAGCGGUCCCGUCGCCGUCUCCUCCGGCGUCGGCGCCGAGGUCUUCAGCGUCACCGUCCAGGACACCAACCCCAAGUGGUUCUACUGCGCCACCGGCCAGCACUGCCAGGGCGGCAUGGUCGGCGUCAUCAACGCCCCCGCCAACGGCCAGCGCACCAUCAAGGCCUACGCCGAGGCCGCCGCAAAGGCCCAGCAGAACGUCGCUCCCGCCUCCACCGGCGGCGGCACCCUCGGACCCGCCGCUACCGGCAGCCCCAGCUCCUCCGCGCCCUCUUCUUCCUCUACCUCGCAGCCUAGCGCCGGUAUGGAGGCCCGCGGCGACGUCCGCUGGGGUCUUCUCAGCAUCGGCAUGGCUGUUGCCGGUGUUGUUGGCGGUCUCCUCGUUUAA